AUGAGCACACCCGCCGCUGAUCCACAGAUUCUUGUGGACGGACUUUACUUUGGAGAAAGUCCUCGUUGGAGGGAUGGAAAACUAUACAUAUCGGAUAUGACAGGUUGCAGAAUAUACACGAUCGACGAGUCUGGACACAAAGAGGUGUUGAUUGAGGUCAAGGAUCAGCCAAAUGGGAUGUGCUUCAAGGAUGACGGCACUCUGAUCUAUUCCUCCAUGUUCGAUAGGCAGCUACAUCAGUAUAAGGAUGGUAAGAGCCAACCAUACGCCGACUUGUCUUCGGUGAUGACGGGUUACUGUGGAGAUAUGGUCAUCGAUUCCAAAGGCCGUAUCUACAUCGACGAUACUGGUGCUCGUGUCUUGCACGGCGAGAAACCAGGUCCUGGCCGUCUCUUACUCAUCGGUACAGAUAGGAGCGUCAAGACCGUUGCUGAGAAUAUUAUUUUCCCAAAUGGCAUAGGGAUCAAUAGUUCAGGCAAAGAUCUUUUCGUCGCCGAAACGUUCGGAUAUCAGUUGAACCACUUCGAUAUUACUGAUGACGGAGCCCUUCUCAACCGCACCGUCCAGUGGGAUGUGAACAAGCUGGCUUUGCCUCCUGGGCGUGAAAGAACUCGGUUCUGCACAAUUGACGGGCUUUGCAUUGAUUCUGAGGACGGAAUAUGGCUCAGCAUGCUUAACUUCAACGCCUUUGUUCGAAGAGAUGCCCAAGGAAAUAUUACACACCAGAUCAAAGUGGAUGGCGACGCGACAGCAUGCACCCUCGGAGGCGUGGACGGAAAGACACUAUUUCUCGUUGUAAACAGAGGACCUCCGGAAAAGGACUUAUUUGAUGCCAUGGUUGAGCGUGAAACCAGCUGCAUCGUAUAUAGUGUACGUGUUGACAUUGGUCGCGGUAGCGCGAGACCAUGA